UAGGUGGUGCAAGGAAAGGCCAAGGCUGGGUUCGCAAGUCUGAUGUCUGUGGGGACUUUUACAUAUGCUGUACACCUGUGAAGCAGUAUCCUGUUCAUGUGUUGCUGCUGCAUUAGCGAGGGCUGGCAGUAGUUCUGGGAAUAACACUGUGGAGCUAACACUAGAGCUGAAGACAAAGAUUAAAUCUUCCCUAAACCCACGAUUCCUCUCUGUAACUGUUGAUGGCAGCCUUGCCUCGGAACCUAAAUACAUUGCAUUCCUUAGGUCGCAGAAAUUAAUUGCCUUAGCCAAAGGUUUGUCACCUGCUUAUCUUAGGUUUGGAGGAACAAAGUCAGAUUUCCUUUUGUUUGACCCUUCAAAAAAUGAAUACCAGGAAGAUCGACCAACAAAUCAAGCUGCCAACAUAUGUGAACAAAGGACUCUUACAUCUGCUGAAGAGAAGAUGUUACAUUCUCAAUGGUUUGCACAGGAACAGCAGAUACUCAAGGAGAAUUUCAGGAAUCAGUAUACAAAUGCCACAAUUACAAAGAGCACUGUGGACAUGCUGUACAGGUUUGCAAACUGUUCAGAUUUACACCUGAUAUUUGGAUUAAAUGUUUUGCUGAGGAAUGAUAACAAUGAAUGGAACACAUCCAAUGCCAAACUGCUUAUUGAUUACUGUUCCUCGAACAAAUAUAAUUUAUCGUGGGAAUUAGGCAAUGAACCCAACAGCUUCAGGAAAAAGUCUGGAAUUUAUAUCAGCGGCUCCCAGCUUGGCAAGGAUUUUGUGAGUUUACACAAGCUUCUCCGAAAGUACCCAUGUUAUCAAAACUCUGGGCUGUUUGGACCUGAUAUUGGCCAGCCAAAAACACAGUCACAGAAGAUGCUCAAAAGCUUCUUGGAAACUGGAGGUGAAAUCAUUAAUUCUAUUACUUGGCAUCACUAUUAUGUCAGUGGUCCAACUGCUUCUGAAGAGGAUUUUAUCAAUCCUGACAUACUGGACUCACUUGUCUCAGAAAUACAGACAGUAUUUCAGAUAGUAAAUGAGAGUGUACCAGGGAAGCGCAUAUGGUUAGGAGAAACAAGUUCAGCCUAUGGAGGGGGAGCUCCUGGAUUAUCUAAUACAUACCUCGAUGGCUUCAUGUGGCUGGAUAAACUUGGAAUCUCAGCUAAAUCAGGAAUUGAUGUAGUAAUGAGGCAAGCCCUCUUUGGUGCAGGAUCCUAUAAUUUGGUGGAUUCAGAUUUUGAACCAUUACCUGAUUACUGGCUGUGUUUGUUAUUUAAGAAGCUAGUUGGAUCCAUUGUACUGAAUGCUGGUCUCAAAGGCACAAGCAGAGAUGACAGGAAGCUGCGUGUUUAUAUCCAUUGCACAAACAAGAAUAACCCUAAAUAUGCAAUGGGAGAUGUUACCCUUUUUGUUUUGAACUUGCAUGACACCACAAAAAACAUACAGUUACCAAGUUCACUAUCUGGAAAAUUUAUUGAUGAAUAUCUGCUUUUACCUGCUGGGAAAGAAGGCCUACAGUCUGCAACUAUGCUUCUGAAUGGCGAGGUUCUGAAAAUGGUUGAUGAUAAAACAUUGCCUACUUUAAAUGGAAGACUUCUGGUUCCUGGCUCUACCCUUGUCCUACCCCCUCUCAGUUUUGCCUUUUAUGUAGUAAAGAAUGCGAUGGCAAGUGCCUGCCUCUAGGACCUGGAAAAAAAGAAAUUUCACUAGCACAUUUUUGCAUUACAGAUUAUUUUAUGGACUAGCAUUGGAAUUUGGUUAACUCAGUCUAUAUUGUGUAUGGAAACCAACAUUCAUUAAACAGUCACAGGAUCUCACAGCUACAGUUCCAGCAGAUGCUACAUGUGAGAACUGUCCCAUAGGAAGCAAAUCAUAAGCAGGAUGGCUAUUUAUAACACACAAUGCCAUACAGAAAAAAAUCAUAAGCAUGUUUAAGCCCUAUUUCUUAUAACUUGCCAUACCAUGCAUCACAGGUCAAAAAAAUGACAACUAGGGUUGCCACCUAUUUUGGGGAAAAAACAGCCUUCCUAUAUAUUUAUCUUUUUUCCCUAUUAAUAACAGUGGGAUCAACCCUUAUUUUUACUGGCCAGGCCAGGUGGCAACCCUAACUGCAACACAGUAUGAGGACAUAUUGGACAUUUUUGUAAGGGACGAUGGUUUAAAGGGAGAGCAUGCUACCGUGUUCUAUCUAACAUAGACUGCUGUUUAGAGAAGGGAGAAGUUUGUUUUUUAAAAGGUAGAUAGGUAGUUCUGAGCAAAUUGUCCUAUUUAUAAAUGAGGGGCAUUUUGUGAUAUAGCAAUUCCAGUUAUUUUGUACCAGAACAGUAUGUAGUAUGUAGUCCCUAAAGUCUUACACGCACAGGCU